AAUUAACUGACAGGUGACAGGUACCUCACGUCAAAGAAAUAUAAAUUCAUUUUAUUAGUUUUGGCAGAUUUAUUAAGUUUUGUUUAUCAACCCAGUGAUCACCAAUUUAUUUCUAUUUCGAAUAGUUCAGCCACAGCUAGAAAACAACACAAAUGUAUUAGUUAUUCGAGACCAAUUUUCACCAGUGACGUAUUUAUUCUAGAAAAUCACCACAACGGUAGGGUUAUCCCAACUUUAAACAGUUUCCAAAAUAUUAAUACAAAAGGUGCAUUGAAUAGUGUCUAGAAAUUUACGUAACCGUACUCUAUUUUCAAACAAUGGCAAUUAAUUGAUGUCAAAAGUUUGAUCGUUAUUUUUAGAACAGUUUCAUUUGAGUCACGGAUCAUCUGCUGUUAUUUGUUUUCGUAUUCGCUCAAUAAGGAAUUGCUUGCCGAUUUUACUCAUCAUCAACCUUGUCAACCCAAAGGAGAUCAACUUUUCUACUCUGAAGUAGCGAAAUGGCUGUCAAACAGAAAGUCAUAGAAUGUGUCGGUCAAGCGCAGGAGGCCCGCUUGCAAAUAAUCCUCAGAGCCCUGGAGGGCAUAUCCGCGCAAGACGGGCUGCAAGACAAGAUAUGCGUCCAGAUUGUCAAGAGUCUGGGCAGCGUACCGAUUCCCAGCAAUGCAGUCAGCUACAUGAAAUUCAUCGAGGACAUAACGAAGGUGAGAGACAUCCUAGCCAAGGAGUUCUGCAACAAGAAGCACACUUUCAUCGCACUGAAGGCUUUGUACGACGAGAUCUCCAAUCCGGACCCCGAAAGGCAGCCUUCACCAGCCAUGUCAAUUGUUUUGCAGUUGAUCGAUCAGAGGAGCAUCCCUCAUGCGGUCAAAUAUAUAUUGGGGGCUGGUUAUCCGGAACAGAACCUGGAAAGGGCGAUCCACACACUUUGUAAUUGGUUGAAGAAGUGUGCUUGGGCCGAGAAUUUGGGGCCGCUGGUGUUGGCGUUUAUGGAAGGGUUGGAAGCGGAACAACAUUACGAGAUCCUGAUUGAUGUCGCCUUAGCCGAGAUUGAACCUCUCUUCAAGCUCCUGAUGUUUCACAAGAUAAGGAAAGCAGUGGGGCCCAUUGUGCUCUAUAUGUUGUCCAGAAACCAGAAUAAUCCUCAGGUGUUUCACAAAAUCAUCCCGCUUGCCAGUACCGUUUUUCAAGCAUUGGAAAAAGAGGGAUCAGAAUCAAGCAUGAAUUGUCUAUACGAAAUGGGUAACCUGCUCAUGGCGUUGAUGAACCAUUUUCCUGAUUACCCAGAACUAUACCAACCUCUCACCGACGUACUUCUACCCCGCUUCGCCGACUCGGACUGCAAGCAAGUGUUGCGCUGCAAAUCGUGGGAGGACGCAUCGGGUUCGUAUGUGCAGAAUAAGUAUUUCGUCGAAAAAGUCGGCCUGACCAAUCUGGGAAAUACCUGCUACAUGAACAGCGUCCUUCAGGCGCUGUUCAUGACGAAGACUUUCCGAAACGAGGUGCUGUUAUGUAACAAUGACAUUUCGCAGUUGUUCAUCAAACUGCAAGAGCUGUUCGCCUUGCUGCAGUUUUCGAAUAGGGCAGCCCUAUCGCCGAACGAUAUUUUGGAUCUGGCAAGGCCUCCAGGCUUCAUUGCCGGCCAACAGCAUGAUAGCUCGGAGUUUUUAGGGUUCCUGCUGGAUACGUUGCACGAGCAGGAGAACAAUUUCAUCAAAAUGACGAGUGCUUCGGAAGAUGAAGCAGCUGCCUCACUUACACAAACGACCAUCGAGCGACUAUUCGUAGGGAAAUCAAUGUCCGUCUUAACAUGCGGAGAAUGCGUGACCAAGAGCAAGCACAUAGACAAUUUCAAGGACCUCCAGCUCUCGUUCCCCAGCAACUGUGAAGGCUCAAGCGUGCAAACUCUUCUGGAUAAUCUCCUGCAACCGGAGAAUCUGUCCGGGGACAACCAGUACCACUGUGAUCAUUGCGGCAAACUGACCGAUAGCGAGAGAAGAGUGACGAUAUCAGAACCACCGAGGAAGUUGAUACUAACCGUGAUGUGCUUCCGCUAUGACGCAGACGAGCAGAGCCGUUUGAAGAUUUUGCAAACACUGACCUUGAACGAAAGCAUCGUCGUGGAUGAGUGCUUCUACGAGCUUCACGCCGUCGUCGUCCACCAAGGCCAUUCGGUGGAUUCCGGCCAUUACUACACGUUUGCCAAAGACAAAGAGGGUUGGUUCAAGUUCAACGACGACAUUGUCACCACGACCACAUGGGAGGAGCUGGUGCGCUUGGAACCACCGGAAAUGCCCUACCUGCUGUUUUACAGUCGGAUAAAGGAGUCGCAUGUGGAAGACAUAACAUUACAAGAACUGGGAGCUAGUUUGAGGUCGAUCUUAUUGAACGAAAACGUAGAUACACCGCAUAUUGUCCGAGUGAAUCCGGAACAUCAACUGAUAAACAGAAUGGCGCCUAAUGAAAUAUCUUCUCAGCAGGAUAAGGACAUAUACAGCCUGCAGCAAAAGGAGCAUAGACCGCUCCUCCUGAAUGAAUGUUACAACAAUAAUAACAAUAAUAUUGCCCGAGGGAACCCGGGGCUUCCACUGAUGUACAGAAUGGCGCCUAGUGAAAUAUCUUCUCAGCAGGAUAUGGACAUAUACAGACUGCGGCAAAAGCAGCAUAGGCCGCUCUUCCUAAAUGAAUGUUACAACAAUAAUAACAAUGAUAAUAACAACGACAAUAACAACGAUAAUAACAACGAUAAUGAUAGUCUUGAGUCUACUUUUUAUGAGGAUUUUAUGGACAUUGAUCCCAACAUGCCUGAACUGGAAGAGAGGGAGAGGCCAUUUGCUCGCUUAGGGUUCAGGUAAUGUGAAACUUUUGUAGCCUACUUAAAGACGACCAAUAUCUAGGUAUUGUACGGAUAUUUAAUAAAACCAUUCAACCGUAUUCGAGCCAUGCUAAUAUUGACAAAUAUUUCUCGAGAGGUUCUCUAUCGAUCGGGGAUCUUUGAAAUCAACAUUUUUUUUAGUUUUCCAAAGCUCAAGCUUGUUUAUAGUAGAUUGUUCUGAAGUAUCUGGCGUGAAAUGAAUCAAAUACAUUUAAAAACUUUUUUCAAUACACGUUUGGCAUAUCGAGUAGCAUCUUUGGGCAAUGAUUGUAACUAUUUUUAUUCAAUUUCUACGGUGUCUCUGACUCAACUGUCAAGCGGAGGAAUGAAGGGGCUAAUCAGCAUUUUUUUGAAAUGAACAUUUCGAAAAUUUUGUCAUUCGUUUCCUCAAAAUGUUUUUCCGUGUAUUUUUUAAACCAAGAACAUGUAACAUUCCUCAUAGAUGUUAUAUUGAAUGUUCAAAUAUUUAAUUUCCCACACAUUUUCAAUACUGAAUAACAGACCAUAAAUGUAAACAAAACAAAUUCAUUGCAGAAUCUAUGAACAUAAUAUACACAUGAUAGAAAUAUUUUGCAAGCAAAACUUUCAAUUCUCAACUAAAUUUCCAAAAGAAAUCACUGGAAAACCUUACUUUUCCUCCAACAGUUUAUGCAGAGACACCACGUUUUGUGAAGAUUUCUGGAAUUAUCAGUCGCCUCUAUCACUUAUUCAAAAGUAUGUAUGUGCUUCAAGUUCUCUGAUUUAUAAACAUAUUAUCUGAGCUUUUUGUUUCUGACUUUAUCAGAACAUAAUUUGUGAGAUGAAAAACAUUAACAUUCAGGUACAGAUGGGUCUCUUGUCACUGUUCACACUUUUCACAUUAUUAAAUCAUCAUUUCCAAGCUUGAAAGCACCAAUAAAUCUAGUGUCAUGACUUUUUUUUUCUACAGUUCCUGAUUCUAUGGCUGUUCAUGUAAGAUUGAAGAAUGUUG